AAGGUGCAGCGCGUGAACCGGAAGCAGCAGCAGCCGCAGCAGCAGCAGCUGUGUUGUUGUUGUUGUUGUCUUGUUGUUGUGUUGUUGUGUUGACGGACGGUUUGAUAGCAGAGACUCGCCUGGAGGACAGCAACGACCAGAACCAGGUGGCCUCCUGCUGCAGCUGCCAUGGCGCUGAUCUCUCUGGAAGACCUCGACGGACUGGACGAUGAGCAACUGGAUGAUGACAUCACAGACAACCCAGAGCCAAUGGAUGAAGACGAGCGGCUGCUGACGCACUGGCAGGCGGUCGCCAGCACGCACCACGUGUCUGUUCCUCCAGACAUGACUGGACCCAUACAGGAAAUGACCCGCAACAAUCAGCAGAGGGAGCCAAUCCCCUUCACCCCAGUGUCCUGCCACGAGAAGAUGGGAGAGGUUCUGUACGAGGAGCGCUGCGUUCCCGCCGGUCACUGGGCCACUGUGACUAAAGGAGAAGAUCUGUACGAGCAGAGCAUCUCGAUGGGCUUCAUGAAGCUGAUGCGCUUCAUCUGCAAAGAAAACUCUGCAGGCAGAUAUUUGGGGAUGACGGUGCCGGUGAUAAAUCACAUCCGCAUCAAGCCGGACGGAAACACAUUUGAGAAAGACGUCCAGACGUCCAUCUUCCUGCCGGCAGAGUUCCAGCCAGAUCCUCCCAGACCCUCCGACCCCGACAUCACCAUUGUCUACCGAGAGCCAAUCAGAGUCGUCGCCAGGACGUUCUUCGGGACGACCACGGAGCAGACGCUGAGCGCUCAGAUCGCCGUGCUGUGGGAGAUUUUGGGCGCCGGCGCCGACGUCUGCAGAGACGGCUACAUGGUGGCGGUGUACGAGAACCCCGGCGUUCCUCGCCGCCGGAACGAGAUCUGGUUCCUCCGACUGUAGACUUCCCAUCAUGCUCUGCUCCUCCUGUGAUUAUCUGCUUCGCUAUCUGCUCACUUCCUGUAGCUUCCACAGUUUCUUUUUUCAUGUCAUUGACGCUAAUGCUCCGAGUGUCCGAGAUCGGAAGUCGUACUUUCAGACUUCAGUUUGUCUGAAUGUUGACUGUAACCAUGACA